AUGACGUCGAGGAUAAGCUACAGAACCGCAGCACUAUUACGAAGCAUUAGAGGGAUUAACACUUUCUCAGAAGUACGCACUAUUCACGCUGGUCUUCGAUGUUAUGCCAGAGAUGUAGACGACGACAAAGCUUCGAGUACGGUCAAAAAAGUCAUCAAUAAGGUCUUCGAUUCUGCCAAAGCAGCCUCGGAAACCAUAAAGGAUGCGAAUCAAGGACUCGGUCAUAAUUACGCUGAUUCCGAUGACAAGAUGGUUCCAGAAGAAUCCAAGAAGAAAGGUGCCAAUCUUGAAGAUCCAGAUGAAGUGGCAAGACUUGCUAUGGAAGCUGCUAAGAGAUCGCAUCCGACGACUAAGGUGUUCAAACCUGAAGAGGACGUGCCAGACCGUGAAGAAGCGAUAAUCAAAGAGGCUAUCAAGGAAGUUGAAAAUCUAGGCGUCCCAGAAGAUACGAAAAAGGAAGCCGCAGAAAAGUUGAAGGAUGUCGUUGAAGGAGCUGGUACACUCAAGUGA